UUUAUGAUAAUUAUUUUGGUGGAGGGAAAAUCUAACUCAAUUUAUGUCUAGAAGACUGAGGGACAUUAUUUGGAAGAAGAAGCGCUGCUCUUUGCCCAUAAAGAUACCAAAUGUGUAUGAGUUUGACACAGAUGCUCUUGCUGGGAUAGAGAUUCCACAGUAUGAGUAUGAGAUUGAUGAGAAAGGCAAUAGGGUGAUCCUGGGCAGAGGAACGUAUGGAGUAGUUGUCGCUGCACGGGACUUGACAACUCAAGUCAGAAUUGCCAUAAAGGAAGUCCCAGAGAAAAAUAUAGAAGAGGUGCAGCCAUUGCAUGAAGAGAUUCGUCUUCACUCACGACUUAGCCACAAGAAUAUCGUGAAAUACUUGGGUUCGAUCAGUGAAGAUGGUUUCUUUAAAAUAUUCAUGGAGCAAGUCCCAGGAGGAAGUCUCUCCACCUUGCUUAGGUCUAAGUGGGGGCCUCUUAAAGACAAUGAAGCCACAAUAGCAUUCUACACUAGGCAGAUCUUGGAAGGACUAAGAUACCUGCAUGACAAUAAGAUCGUUCACCGUGACAUCAAAGGUGACAAUGUCCUUGUCAACACAUACAGUGGUGUCCUCAAGAUCUCUGACUUUGGCACGUCAAAGAGACUAUCAGGACUACACAACUUUACAGAGACAUUUGCAGGUACACUACAGUACAUGGCACCAGAAGUGAUUGACAGAGGAGCAAGAGGAUAUGGUGCACCGGCAGAUAUAUGGUCACUGGGCUGCACUGUGAUAGAAAUGGCUACAGGAAAACCUCCAUUCAUUGAGCUCGGUAGUCCAGAGGCAGCUAUGUUCAAGGUUGGUUAUUACAAGGCACACCCUGAUAUCCCCAUUGAGAUGACUGAGAAGGCCAAGUCUUUUUUGCUCAGAUGUUUCGAACCAGAUCCAGAAAAGAGAGCCACGGCCACAGAAUUACUGGAACACACAUUUUUACAGAGGGCAAACUUGUUUCGAGGGGACUCAAGAACCAGUAACAAGAAGAAACACCACCACAAAGGGAAGUCUGCAGAUUAUUUACGGAGUAUAUCAGUGCCUGACCCUCCUAGCCAGCAGCAAGAGACCAAGCACCUUCACUUACAGAUCCCCUCUCCAAGCUCAGCCCCAGAUGCCGAGACGGAGGUGGACAGCACAGACUUGGAGGCCCCUCCAGACACACCCCUUAGAUCUGCAAGUGACUCUGCCACUUUCUCGUCCUCAUUUGGGGGUUUAAGUCCCGAACCAGACACCUGCUCUAUCACUUCACCAGACAGUACAAAGCACCUGUCAUUGAUGUCACCAGACGAGGCGUCCAGUCCGAGUCCCGAGACGGGGUCAGCAGGGUCAGGGUCCAGGGAGCAGGGCUUUUAUCUGCUUAGGAAGGACUCUGAGAGAAGAGCCACUCUGGCUCAAGUAUUAAGCAGGGAUGAGGUUCAGAUCUGUUCAAGAUGGCUGACUCUUCUGCAUACCGAAGCUAAUAUCACACAGCCAAAACUCAAAACUGAACAUUUAUUGGUGCUUCUGAAAGGUCUACAGCAGUAUGUGGUGAGCCAUGACAACAAACAUCUCUCUUUUGCAUUUGACAAGCUACGAGAAGAACUAGACUUUGACAUGACUGCUCAAAAUGAAAUCCAGUUGGCACUCUAUGUAUUUCAUGAGGCUGUAAACCAAACCCUAAAGCAUUGUAAUAUCCAGCCACAUUGGAUGUUUGCCCUAGAUAAUAUUACCAGAAAUGCUAUCCAUGCUGCCAUCACAGUCUUUGCUCCAGAAUUGGGUGCUCAUAUCCUUGGUCAACAGUCUGCUGAAUCUUUCAAUCAAGAGAUGGGAGGUCAAGGUCAUGUCCAAGGUGAGGAGGGGUCAACAUCUGGUGUGUCCACAGUGAACUCUACCAAAUCACAAAAAGCACAGCUACAGUACCAGACAGAGGCCAACAGAGAGUUAUACUCUAAGUUACAGAGUUUGACAGAAGAAAAUACAAGGUUAUUGCAAGAAUUGGUUAUAGUCAAUGAAGCAUAUCAAAAUUUGCUCAAGUCAUGUAUCCAGGAGAAAAGAGUCAGCAUGGAUCAUUUGAGAAUGUUAUCUCAACAAGAACCAGGAAGGAAUGGACUACAUGGUGCUGGGGGUGACUCUGCCACCCAACCACAACGUCGAGUAGAUCAGGGGUUGGUGGACUGGUUGAAAUCCCACGGUGCUGACCAGGAGACUGUAGACAAGUUUGUGGAGGAACUGUACACCAAACAUGAUGUGCUAGAAGUCAUUACGAAUGAAGAUCUGAGACGAAUGCAUAUAAGGGGUGGAAUCCAGUGUCGUAUAUGGCAGGCAAUAAUGCACCACAGAAUCUCUCGGCAGCGAAGAACGUCACCUCGGUGACAAUUAUGGACAAAGGCAUGGACUUACUGCACUAUCUUGUGAGGGAGAGAUUCUAUGUCAGCAGUGGGACUUGAAGUGGAGCUGAAUAUAGAUGUUGCUGAAAUUGGAAGGAAGGUGACUGCUCUUUGCUGUUUGAAAUGUUUAUUUAUUUAUGGAGAUAUAUUGGUGCGCCUAAAUGGAAAAAAACUCAUCAUGAUUGAAAUUUCUUUGUACAAUGAACUGAGAAAACUGUUAGAAGCAUCGUGCCUUUUGAUGCUUUAACAGGGAAAGAUGGUAGAAAACUGUUCAGGACAAAAUCUCUUUUUUGUUUUUUGUCUGAAACAUCAUGUUUAGGAACUGCAUUGACAGCACAAGCCCUUCACAUAGUAAAAUAAAGUUUAAAAAUGACUGUAGUUAUAACAUAUGGCAGCCUUAAAGUAUAUAUUUAUAUAUAUAAUGUUCGUUUUGCAAUUUUGUGUAAAGAUUUAUUUCACAGUGGAAAUUUCAAGAGGUCCUGUUGAGGAAGAGUCCAUGCCUUAUAGUUUUCAUGUGGAGUUUCAUAUUUGGUUUAAAACCCAACCCAUGCUUUAUUUUUGUUAAAGAAAUUAAAAUAUUGUGAUAAAUAGCACUGUGGCAUUAUAGUUAUGAGUGUGGAAUUUUAUUAAUCUUUGAAUUUUUUCCAAAAUAGUUUUAGGAUGGCAUUGUUUAUAUUAUCAAGUGUAUAUUUUAUUGAAAAUGGAUUUUUUUAGAUAUCGUAGAAAUUUCAUGUGGCGAUUUGGAAGAUUAUGACAAGUAGACAUAUUUUGCUUCUCUACCUCAAAUUUUGUAGGAGUACCAACAGACAGCCUUUGGAUUAUUGUUUAAUUUGUCCUCUUGCUCAAAUAUUUGCAGAAUGCAGUAUCAUUUUAAGUCAUUGAAUGCUAACUUAUUGUGUAAAUGUUGAAGAAUUUUAUUUUAGAGAAAAAAUGUGCAGUAAGUAUAGGCUGGACUAGUGUGCUGCUCACUUAGGAAAAACACGGAGAAAGGUUACAAUCCCGAGAAAAUUAUCUUUUGCUUAAUUGGUUCACUGGCAAAUCCAAAAUAUUUGUAAAUAUGUACAUAAUGAAAUGAUUGAGAUAAACAUCAUGAUAGGUGCUUUGUAGUGAAGUGCACAUUAUUAAAUAGUGUAAAGGGAAUUCAUUACAAAAAGGACUGUGAUUGUUUUAGUAGUUUUCACCCUGGUUUGAAAGCCUAUCUUUGUCUUUUUUUAUAAAGGCACAAGUCAUUUUAGAGCCUAUAUUUUUAAGCUCAAAAUUUUACAAAGCAAACCCAGCUUGAAUACCAUGGCUUAAUCAUGACAUGUUUUGCCAUUUGGUUUUCUACCAGUAUCGGGGAAUUUUAGCACCUUCAUGUGGUAAAAAGUAUUUACUCUGCCCAUUUUCAAGUUAUUUAUUGAUGGUGAUCAGGCCAGUCAUUGCAUUGGGUGGUGCCAAGUCAAUUUCUGUUAAAUUUCAAUCAUUUAUAUAAGUUUGUGUAUGAUUUAAUGGAGAGAGUAAAGUGUGGACACUGUAAAGCUCUGGAAAAUUUGUACACCACAUUUGUAAGUUAUUAAUCGCAAUUUAAAGGAGAGUUGCACGUUUGAAGACUACCUUGACUUGCAGCAUCCCGAGUCUGGUAUUUUGCGUUUCACAGUGUACAUUUGUUAUUUACUGACUAAGAGAUGCCAUAAAUCCAACUUCAGUGUUUUGACUAAAUAUUUAUUUGUAUUUUCUCAGUAAUGUGACAAGGUUCUAUAUAUUUGCAUACAAAGUCCAAUAUAAUGUUUUUAAUGACAAGCUAUUGCAGAAGCAUAAUGUUGGAAUAAAAUGUGCGGUAUAUAUUUAGUACCAAAUAAACUUA